AUGGCCACCUCGUCCACCUACAGCCCGACUGGGUCGAACGCUUCCGCGAGCCUCUCCUGGCAAGAGCGCCUUGAAGAGGCCUGCCGUCAAGCCAAACUACUGCCGCCCGUCUUCCAACUCGUUUCGGAUCGCCGCGGUGGCCGUACUGCAUGGUCGAGCCGGGUCAUCGUCCACGGCAAGACGGUGGAAGCCAGGUAUUGGUAUGACGGCAAGAACCUCAACAAUGCCAGAGAGGAUGCCGCUGAAUGCGCAGUCACCUGGCUUGGCGUUGCUAGCACCACUUCGACCAGUCAAUCUUGGAAUUCAUGGUGA